CUCCGGUAAUGGCGGCUAUUCUUUGAAGUUGUCGUACCUGAGCUAACCAAAACAUUCAUUUAUAUUUGUUUAAUAACUCAUUUCAUGUUAAUGACAUGGUGUUGACAAGCUUUCUUAUACACAGAAGAUCAAGUGUGCUUACUUUUGGAACGUAAAACAGUCGCAUCAUUACAAAAACUUUCUGUUUUGAUUCGUUGUUUGCAAACGAUUUGUUUUGACAUUUCUGUAUCCAAAUAAGACGCUGGUUAUUGCGUUUAAUAAUAUAUCGCUUGACAGCGUAUGUGAUUUUAGCUCUUUGUUUUAAGUUGUUUUAUUAUUGUAUGCAAUGCAGCUUUAUUCAUGGAAAAAUCCAUCACCUGAUCAUUGGCAAGAUUUUGGCCCGUCACGAUGAGUGUUGUACUCAGAGUUGGAGCAGUUUAUCCAGAUUAUAAUGCUGGCUGCACAGAUGCUGACUCCUAUGAUGAUGGAAAUGCAGCUGAAGAUUACAGUAGACCAUCUUCACAGUCCUUUCCUGGCUGUUUUGGACUACCCUACCAGGAUCACAAUUAUGGAGCACCACCACCAGCUUCUCCUCCACCACGGAUUCCAUCACCUGCUUUUAUAGAUAAGAUAAAUGGUCAUAUUGAAGUAGAAGAGAUAUCAGUGACAAGUGUAGGUCAACAGGCCAGUGUUGAUGUGACAAGCAGUGAUGCUGUAGAUGAUAGUAUUACCAGAUGUAUUUGUGACUUCACUCAUGAUGAUGGAUACAUGAUAUGUUGUGACAAGUGCAGCGUAUGGCAACAUAUUGACUGUAUGGCUGUUGACAGAACAAAUAUUCCUGAAUCCUACUUCUGUGAAAUAUGUGAACCUAGAUCUCUGGACAGAGACAGAGCAAGACAAAUUCAGCUGCGAAAAAGGGAAUUCAUCCUUGCAGCGGAUUCAAGCACAGAUACAGAUCCAGAUGAGCCUGUUAAUAGGAGAAUGUCUCAAGAUAUGGGUAAAAAGGGAAAACCCAAGAAAAGAACAAAAAUUCUUAAAAGUAAGGACGACAAAGUCAGAAGAACAAAGAAGGACAAGAAAGAUAUAAAAAAGGAAAAAGAAAACAAAGAUUUAAGCAGAAGAUUGAGGAUAUCUUUGAAGGAGAGGGACUCAACAUCCAAAAAGAACAUAAAAAAUAAGAUGGGGAAGAAGUCUGGAUUUUUAUCAUUGAUUACGAAUGAUAAUGCUCAGCAGGAUCCCUGGGAUAGCUCUUACAGUCCAUGGGUUGAUAAAUAUGAAGAGGCAAAGGAGAACCAGUAUAGUGCAGAUAUGCAGGCAAUUCUUGGACUGAAGAAACUUAAUGGAUCUCUCACUUGUUCUGGUAAUUUUAACUACAAAAGAAAUGGAAGACUUCUUGUUCAGUUGUGUCAUGUUACAGAGGUAAACAAAAAUAGAAAGGGAUUGGAAGCAUCUGAGACAAUUGGUGAAGGAGAACCUAUCAUUGAAUACACUGGCAAUGUUAUGUUACGAGAACAAUUUGACAAGGCCAAUUUUUAUAAAAGGUUAAAUCCAUUUGUAUUAUUUAAUUCCAUGUUUGAUAACAUAGAACUGUGUAUAGAUGCUACAACAUAUGGAAACAUUGCCAGGUUCAUAAGAAGAUCAUGUAAAUCUAAUGCUGAGGUUAAACAUACAUUUGAAGAUGGAGAAUUAACAUUUAUUGUUGUAUCAACAAAAGUCAUCCCCAGGGGUUCUGAAAUAACCAUACCAUAUGAUUAUAAUUACAAAGAAUGUACAUAUUGUGUGGAAUGUGCCUGUCUGAGGAAUAAUUGUCCUGUAGCAAAGUAUUUCAAGAGGAAACAAAAUGCUCAAAACAAGAAAGAAAAAGAAAAAGUAGUGCAAAAAAAUGUGGUAAAAGCUGUAAAAACUCCGACAACGCCGGUUAAAGUCAUUAAUCAUCAACCCAAAUCACCAAGAUCACCGGCAGCAAGCCUUCCUCGUUCACCUGUCAAAUCUCCCAUUAGGAAGUCCAUUAGCAUUGAGGAGCCUAUUAUAAAAGAGGAAAUAGACGAGGUUAAACCAGAGGUGCCUCCUCCACCACCUCCUCCUGUGGUAUCUCCUGUCAAAGAAUCUGUCAUGGAGGAACGACUUCCAGAAGUCAAAGAGGAAAUUCCCCAAGACCCCAGCACAGACAGUGGUACAGAUCAUCAAGAUACACAUAGUGAAAGUGAGGAGAACCCUUCAACAGAAAGAACAAGAAGACUUUCAAGGGAAGAUAGAAAAAUGGAAGCCAUUAUGAAGGCUUUUGAGAAAAUGGAGAAGAGGCAAGAAAGACGAAAAGAAGCCUUAGCAAGAAUGGAUCAUACUACUAAAAAACCAGCUGCAAUAGGUAUUAAGCAAACAGAAGAACCCAAGAAAGAGAAAUUGAAAGCAAAGUGUCAGGAACCAAAAGAAACGAAAGAAACAAGAACAAGUGAGAGAAUAAGUAAUGCUGAAGAGGCAAAGAAAGAGAAAGCCAAGAUAGUUGAGAAAGUUGAAGUGAAACCUAUAGUGGAAGAACCUGUACCAACACUUCCCGAUCCACCAGCCCUUCCUGUUACACCAGUCCUACCCAUUACACCAGCCCUUCCAGUCAAGAAAGAACUUAAAGUUUCUCACAAGAAAAAGAAAAAGUCAUCAUCAAAAAGGAAGUCUAGGAUAAACAGCAGCAAUAUUGUAAAGUCUGAGCCUCAGUCACAAGAUGAAUCUAGUAAUACCACACCUAGCUGUCCAUCCACUCCAGUCUCAGCACCUCCUGAUGUCUCUAAUACACCUCCAUCAUUCAAGUUCUUAAAAACCAAGAAGCAUUUAAUGAAUGAAUGGUUGAGUGAGAAGAGUCAGGAUGUUGUUCCUUCACUGCCACCACCGCCACCAUCUGGCCAACCGUCUGGCCAACCAUCCAAAAUAGAGCCAUUGGAAGUACAGGUAGAGGAGGAUACAAUGUAUGUAGCCUGUCGUCCAAGUCCCAGGAAUGCUCUGGAUCAUUUGAGGAGGAAUAGUACCAGUGCAGGAUGCAGUCCUUAUAGCAAUCUAUCAUCAUCAUCAAAACAAGAAAGCAGCAUAGGCUCAGCAAAAAAGCGAUGGCUUAGACAGGCUAUGUUUGAUAAACCAGUCCCACAGAAAAGAUCUUUAUCACCACUAGGGCUUGCAGGAGGUACAAGUCCUAACCCACAUGUCAGUCUACCAAGUCCAGGAGGAUCACCCCCUGGGGAUUAUAUAACUCCACUAAAGAAGAGGAGGUUAGCUAGUUAUAGAGAGUCUAUUGACCAGCCUCCCACACCUUCUGCUGCUCAGAGUGUGGUGUCAUCCGACCAGGCAGAGGAAUUUAUAGAUGUACAAAACCCGGAUCCUGUGUGCGAGGCAGAAAUGGGACUUUCUAAAGUUAACAGGAAUGCAUCAGAAGCAUCUAACAAACCAAAACUAAUGGACAGUUUAGUGAGACAUUCUGUAGAAAGUGUGUGUUCAAACCACAGAACUUCAUCAGAUUCUCAGAUUUCAGCUGAUGAAGGGGAGAAAGUGACUAGUCAUUUAGAAUCUGUUUCAAGUAAUACUGAUUCUGUAAUGGAAAGCUCAAAUGAAUGUGAUAGCCAACAGGAAGAUGAUUCUGUGGAACGCAAUAUAGAUGUAAGUGACAACAGACUGGAGGCAAUGGAGGUUGACAGCACACAAAGUGACUCUGAGAAAAAAGAAGCUGUAUGUGAUAGUACAUGUAAAGUUGAAGACAACAGAGCAUGUAGUAGUUCUAUUACUGAGGCAUCAUUAGUAGAUAGUAGCUCUGAUGUAGGUGUAAACGAAGAGACAAAUGCAAACUCUGUUGAAAUGUCAGAAAUUAAUGUCUCGCAAGAAAAUGUUGGCAGUAGUAAUGUGUCACAGGUGCUUGAUUCGCAAGAAAAUGUGGGUAGUAGUAAUGUGUCAGAGCUACUGGUGUCACAGGAAAACGUGGGUAGUAGCAGUGUAUCUGAGGUACUGUUGCCACAGGAAAACGUGGGUAGUAGUAAUGUGGCUGAUAUUUCGAUUUCACAGGGAAAUGUUGGUAGUAGUAAUGUAUUGGACAUACAUGUGUCACAUGAAAACGUUGGGAGCAGUAGUGUGUCACAGGAAAACAUUUGCAGCAGUAAUGUGUUGCAGGAAAAUGUAGGGAGUAGUAGUGAUAGACAUGUACGAAAUUAUAAUUUUGAUGUUAGUAGUAGUAGUGAGUUACAUCACUUCUCAUCAAACUUAGUAGAAUCAUCUCAAGUGACAGAAAAUGUCAGUGUUUCAUCUACAGAACAAACUUGUAGUUCAUAUAGUGCUACCUCAGAAGGUGGGGGAAUGGCUGACAGUUCUAUGUCAGAAAACAAAACAGACUUAUCGGACAUGGGGUUAGCAGAUGUAUCGGCUGUUGGGGACUCUACACAAUAUGUAAAUAAUACUAGUGCUACUGACAGUGUAGGGGAACCUGUUGCCAGUUCAUCAAUGGCUGAGGACUCUGGUAUAAUGUUAGAGCCAUUAACACCACAAGAAUCACAUGGACCUUCAAAGAAAAAGGUUAGUUUACUGGAAUACAGAAAACGGCAAAAAGAGAAGACUCCAGUAUCGACAUCAACACCAUCAUCCAGUAGACCUUCAUCGACAACCAUCAUUGCUCCUUCAUCUACAACAUCACCCAUUCAUCGUCAUCAUCGCUUCUCAACACUUCCAUCACUUCCUUUGUUUGAUUCAUCGCCAACAAAGGAUAAUUCAUCUAGAUAUCAUUUUAAAAGCUCAUCUGAUCUUAUAAGGAAAAGGUCUAUAGAAACAAAAGAGAAGAGACCACAGUUAAGUUUGUCAGAGAGGUUAAGGAUGGAGUUUGGACUGGAGGAUAGUGAAGAGGAAAAAGAUGUUGAAAAAGAUCCCAGUCAUCACAGACAGACAUCAUUAUCAUCAUCUCAUAUUCCCCCACCCCCACCACCACCACCCAAGCAAGAGCCUUCUUCAGCACCUGUUUCCUCAUCAGUUUUUCAACAUCCACAAUUUCCUCAACCUUCUAUCAUGUUGAGAGGACCAUCGCCUGUCCUUGCCCAGAAUGGACCACAGCCUACCAGUGCACCUAUAAUGACCACUAUCAAUGGAGUUCCAGGACCAGUGGGACCUUCAUCAGUUAUGCCUCAAAUAGGGACGCCACAUAUGUUGGUGAAUGGAACACAGAGUCCUGUUCUUCCACCACAGAGCCCAGUCCUGCUACCACACCCAUCAAAUUCUAGUUCUGGUGGGAAGUCGAUUCCUUCAUUGUUAUCCAUUAAGACUUUUCCUACCCGUAACUUGCCAAAUGGUAAUGAAUCAGGAACAACACCUCCUUCAUCGGGACUAGUGGAUCAAUCAAACCUAUUUCAUUCAAAUAAUCAAGGUGUAUCAACAAACCAGCAUUUUGCAGCAAAUCAUAUCAACAAUUCACCUGUGGGAUUCACUCCACCAUCUGCUGAUAUGGCUCAGUCAUCCUCACAGAACCCACCCAUCUUCAACCAGAAUGGAACAACAUCACAACAAAACUUUAAUGGAACAAACAUGCCUUCAAAUGGACCAAUUGUGCAUGAAUAUAAUCAUGGUUAUAAUGAUCAACCAGCACAGAAACUCUAUCAUUCACAGGAUCAACGAAAGAAAUCAAACAAGUUCAAACGAAAACAUUAUAACAGUUACCAAGAUUCUGGAGGAGGUCAUUUUCAUUGAUACAUUGUACUUAAUUUAUUUUAGAAUAUAUUGAACAGUAUUUUUAUAUAACAUGUAACAUGUUUGUCGGGCAGCAAUUUUAUGUUAGCAGUUGUUUUGUUAUUGCAGAUAUUUUUCUUUUCAUUUUGGGUGUUUAUAUUUUGAGAUAGUAGCUGAUAGUAUAGUUCUUUUGCAGUAUUUAGUGGUCUUCACAUGCCUUAUUGGGUUUUAUAUAUACACUGUUGGUGGUCUUCAGAGGUUAGGUUUGAAAGUGUUCUGAAAAAAAUUGUUAAGACUGAUUUCAAGUUUUGGAUUCCUUUAAUAGAAUGAUAAAUCUAGGAAUAGCUCUGACUUUGACAAUCAUGAUUAAGAUGACGUAAAGAUAUUUAUACGUUUGAGAACCUGUUGAUGUUGAAGAUUGCAAAAUUCUUUCAUAACAAAAUUGAGGCUAGAUUCUAAAACUUUUUAGCAUUAUAAUUGAUUGGAGUUUUCUCCCUUUAUUCUGGAGUAAAGAUAUAGCUGUUUCAGAACAUCAUUUUAUUUUACACUUAAAUGAUCAGAGUUGUCUUAGCUUAAAUCGAAAUACAUAUUAUUGUUGAAGUUUUGUUUUAAAUAUGGUUAUACUAUUGAUCUUACUGAUAUAUUGUUUUAAGCAUUUAAAAAAAGGUUGCUCAUUAAUUAUAAAUUUCUGAACCACCAACAAGUAUCUGGAAGUUGACAAUAUAUGUAUAGCAUUUCAUUUAUAAUGAUAUUAUACAUCUCUUACAGCUAAUGUUAAAGCAUUUUAUGUAAAGGGCUGGCUACAUAUUUAAAAAAAGUAUUUAUACAUAGAUGGCAUCGUUUAAAAUAUCGUUUCUCUUUGUUUGCAAUAAAUGUUGAAUACAGUGAAAUGUUUAAUUUUAAUGUUGAUUGUAAUGUUCAAGCCGUAAAAGUCAAUUAAAAAAUUAGUGUUGAAAAUUCUAAUUGCAUUAAAUUUUCUAAUAUUUUCUUUGGACCAGGUGUUAACUAUGAUAUAUUUUGAUAAAUGUAUGAUUAGCAAAAUGCAUGUGCAGAGUUAGAUUUUUAAUUUUCUGGAAGUAAUAAUGUUUUAAGAAUUUAAAAGAACAAGGAAUUGCUACUGGCAAAGGUUUACCUACUUUGAAGAGGAAUUUCAAUUUUAUUUUUACUGAGAAAAAAUCAUAUGUAUUAUGAUAUUUACUUUCAAAUCACAAUUAAUCUUAACUAUAAAAAAAUGAUUCAAUUGUGAAGUAGGGAGAAACGAAAAAUUAGAAAUUUUCUAUGAUAUAUAUAUAGUAAAAAUUCAAAUGUACUGUCAUUGAUGUACAGGUAUAACUUACUGCCACUGAGGGGGGAAAAAUCAUGAUUAAGGGCAUUAACUACUGGGGGAAUCAUUCUUCAUUGUUUUAUUAUGAUCUCUUAGGCAAUUUUUUACAGCCUUAACAUGUAAAUAUUCAUUGUAUAUGUUUUCAUCUGUCAGCCAUCUGUAAAUAACUCACUGUGUACAUGUGUAGAUAACUUGUGUAGAUAUGUAAAUAUGUACAGUAUUUGUACAAUAGUGUACAAAGUAUUUUCUCACUUCUUUUAUCUUUCUCAACGUUAUUGAAAAAAUAAGGUAUAUUUUUCUAGGAGUUUGUUUACAAGAUUAGAAGUUUAAAUAUUUUGUGAAAGUUACAAAUUUAAAGAAAAAGUUGAGGAUAAACUUGUUACUUAAUAUCAAAUUAUUAUGUUUCUUUGAUAAGACUUUCUUUUUUUCUAUGUACAUUGUUUUUGCUUGAGGAAAUCUGUAACCAAUUUAUUGAAUUUAUAUGGGUAGCCUGUAAAACAGAAAAACAACAUUCUAAGCUUGGAAGCUUUUAAGUUUAUGUAAACUGUCCACUGGUUUACUGGGACUUAAAAUUAAGUGAUACGAUUACAUAUGAGUAUAGGGUUUUAUUAUAUUAAACACCCACUCUAAAAGUGGAGCCUAUAUUGCAUUCAACUUGUCAGUCCAUAUGUUCAUUUGUUAAACCAACAAAUAUUUUUGUCACACUUUUCUCAGAAACUACUUAAUAGAAUGACUUCAUUAUUGGUCAGCAACUUGACAAAUUAAUAGUUGUAAAAUGUGAGCAUUUUUAGGAUCUGUUAGAUAGCUACUACCUAUUUGCUGAUACUUUGAAUUUUCAAUAUGUUGACUUAACUUUAAAAAAAUUCAUCACACUUUUGCCAAAAUGUACUGAACAGACUUGCUUUAUAUUUGAUCAGCAGCUCAACAUUGAUUAGUUGUAUUGUGUGUGUGCUUUUCUGAUCAGUCAGAACCCUGCUUCAUGUUCUCCAAUACUUUGAAUUUCGAGACGGGGUAUGCAUAGCACACAAACACCUGCAUUCUUAUUUCAGUAUUCUUUAGAAAACUUUAUGUAGUAAUGGUAAAGCAUUCAACUUUAACAUAGAUAAAAGCUAUAGAAAGUGUAAUAAGUUGUGGUUAAUUAACAAAAGAAUGUAUGCUAGCUUACAUGAGAAAACUGCAUCAUAGUUUAAACAGUGGUAACAUGGUUUGAUCAGUAAGAAAUCUACUGCAAAAUAAUCAUUGAUUUGAAAUUAACAGUUGUUAACAGUUGUUAAAGCACCCUUUAUAAGAAUUUUAGAUUUAGAUGUUACAGAUUUUUAUUGAUGUACGAGCCUGUUGUAUAAAGCAAUGUACAUUUUGUUUCUGUCUGUCCUAAACUGUCUUUAUAAUUUAUUUCUGUCUUUAUGUGUGUAUGAGUGAAGAGAAAAAGGGGUAAUGACCAACUGUACAGAGUCAAAAUAAAACAAAUUUAAUCUUA